UCUCUUUCCAAAUCAAGAAAAUGGCGGCGAACGAAACGACGCUAAGAACCUCACUCUACGUGGGCGAUCUACACCCCGAUGUUGUCGAGAAAGAUCUCACCGACAAAUUCUCACGCGUCGCUCCGCUGCUUUCCGUCCAUCUCUGCCGCCACAAGCCCUCCGGCAGAUCCCUCUGCUACGCUUACGUCAAUUUCUGGCUUCCUUGCCACGCUUUCAAUGCUCUGAAAUGCCUGAAUCACACACUGAUGAAGGGUAAACCGAUUAGGGUCAUGUGGAAUGAGAGAGACCCUGCUGCGAGAAACAACAACAAUGGGAACCUCUUUGUCAAGAAUCUUGACAAAUCGAUCACCAGUCUCUUACUGGAAGAAGUUUUCUCCAAAUAUGGUUCUGUGGUUUCUUGCAAAGUUGCUAGUGAAAACGGAAUCAGUAAGGGUUUCGGGUUCGUUCAGUUCGAGUCAGAGGAAUCCGCUGUAGCAGCUCGCACUGCUCUUCAUGAUUCUUCUCUUGCUGGCAAGAAGCUAUAUGUCUCCAAAUUUCUCAGACAGAGUGAGAGGAAUGGCGCAGAGGGAUGUUUCAAAAGCCUGUAUGUGAAGAAUAUCGACGAAGAUAUCACUGAAGAUGCCCUCAAAGCUAAAUUUUCAGAUUAUGGGAAGGUCGUGAAUGGUGUCAUAAUGAAGGAUGAGAAGGGGAAAUCAAAAGGAUUUGGUUUUAUCAACUUUGAUUCGCAUGAAGGGGCUAAAAGAGCCAUGGUGUUUCUCAAUGGAGAAAAGCUAGGAUCGAAGAAUAUCACCGUUGCUAGAGCUAUGAAGAAUUUUGAACUUAGAAAGAAUUUUAGACAAAUGUCUGGAUCUAACUGCACUGAUCACAGUAGAGAGUCAAUGGCUUCACCUGUAUCUGUCAUGAAUCUCAGUAGGCAUGUUCGUGUAAAAGAUUUGAUCCGUGAUUAUGGAGCAGUAAACUCGGCUGGACAUCAAGGGCAAGAAGCGAGCAGGUUGCAUAAGCCUUUCAAGCCAGUCCUGGACUAUACUUACUUCAAAUGUCCAGCUCUAUUCAAGCAACCGAGCACACCGUUGCCUUCCACUGUGUACCAAUACUUUACUAGUAGUCAUUGCAAAGGCGCCUUUCCCACGGCAAUUGCUUCUGUGAGUGGAUGUGUGCAAGAAGGGUACGUGGAGAUGCUGAAUGCCCCAAAACUGCUAUCCCCUAUGAAGAUCAGUGGCAAUGGUGAUGGGAAGGAACACUUUGCCAACAAGUCUCUGAAUUUUCCUCAGGUAGUUGCUGCUGUGAAUGGAUCUUGGUGUGAAGGGCAUUUGGAGGUGCCAAAGGCUACAAAACUAUCGUCUCCAGUGAAACUCGGUAGCAAUGGUAAAGAAAAGGAUCUGUCUUCCAGCAGUUCGCUUCAGAAGCCAGGACCCCCUAGCCCGAAGGUCUCAACCACUAUGGAAGCGAACGCACAGUGAGGCACUCUGAUUCUGAACGCGUGAAAUGGGUUUUCGAUGCUUUACAAUGUCU